AAGAAUUGGUCCUUAUCAAACGAAAGAAAAAGGAAGACGGUAGGGUAGUGCCCGUAUUUGUCUGGAUGACCUCGUUCCCCGAUCUGUGUUGAAUAUUAUCACAUUUGAUUGAUUUUCGCGUUAUUUGCGUUCUUACUCCCGACCGUCCUUUCAAUAAAACACAAUCCGCUCCAGCAGCAAGGCGAGAUUGGAUCCGUGCUGCGUGAUAGUAGUGAAUUCACGAGAUCUAAUACGUGCUUACAUAAGGAUUCUCCUACAAGGACCUAAACAAACAGAGUUGAUAUCACUCCUGAUCGCGAGACUGAGAGUGUUGCUAGAUUUGUUUUUGGCUUUCCAACUUGAACGGGGUAUGAAUUCGGCGUUUCGUCGUCAGUUUUCCGCAGUGCUUUCGAUUGCCGUUCAGCGAGGUGCGUUACGGUGUGGCCGAAGCAACAGCGUAGAGCUACCGCUUCCUGCUGGUGGUUUAUUUGUGGUACAACGGCGACGAUACUGCUGCUUCGAGAUGAAACCAAAGGUGUACGUGACACGGAACGAUUACGCUCGCAUCGGUUUGGACUUACUGAAGGAAGAAUGUGAUAUUUCAGUUUGGGAUGAAGCCUAUCCGGUGCCACGAGAUGAGUUUUUGAAAAACGUCGCCGGCAAGGAUGCGAUCUACUGUUCCCUGAACGAUCGUAUCGAUAAGGAGCUACUCGAUCAGGCGGGACCGAAUCUAAAGGUUAUCUCAACGAUUUCUGUUGGCUACGAUCAUAUCGAUGUAAAGGAAUGCAAGCAACGAGGAAUACGUGUCGGUUAUACGCCCGACGUACUAACGGAUGCAACGGCGGAGCUCACGGUAGCGCUUCUACUGGCAACCGCUCGCCGGAUGUUCGAAGCCAACAAACAGGUACACACGGGCGGUUGGAAGUCGUGGUCACCGAUGUGGAUGUGUGGCAAGAGCAUUAAGAACUCGAUCGUAGGAAUCUUCGGAUUCGGACGCAUCGGCCAAGAAGUGGCGAAACGGUUAGCUCCCUUCAAACCGGCCCAAAUUCAGUUCACGAGCCGUACAGAUAAGUUUCUAACAGCCGAGGAUCUGGGUGUAACACAAGUUCCGUUCGAUGAGUUGAUCGAAACAAGCGAUUUCCUCAUCAUCGCCUGUUCGUAUAACGUGGAAACAGCCAAUCUGUUCAACGACGCCGUCUUUUCGCGCAUGAAACCAUCGGCCAUCCUAGUGAACACGAGCCGGGGCGGUGUGGUAGAGCAGCACGAUCUGAUCCAUGCGCUGCGUGCUGGCAAAAUUCAAGCCGCCGGACUUGAUGUAACCACACCGGAACCACUUCCGCUCGACAACCCGCUGUUGACGCUACCGAAUGUCGUGCUGUUGCCGCAUAUUGGCAGUGCCGACAUCGAGACACGCAUCGAAAUGUCUCGCAUCACGGCUUGCAACAUUCUGGCCGGGUUGAAGGGUGUGAAGAUGAUGUCGGAAGUUUGAUAUUCUCAAUUCCAGGGCGAAGGUUGCGCUUUUGGUUAUUGCUACUGAAUAAAAUGGUCACUAUUUUGGGCAGGAUUUCCUUUCCGCUCCAUCACACCACGUA